CAAAGUGAGCUCACCCUGGGUCCAAGAAAUGUUCCCAUGCUGUGUCUGACGGCUUUGGCUUUCUGGGUUCAUGGAACUGCUGGACCCAGCACAGCUGGUGAGCUCUGAGUGCCUGUGAGUGGGUGAGAGGGAGAUAGUAAAGGAUAAGAAAGAGAAACGGAGAGAAGAUAGGCGGGGAUUUUUGAGCACUUGGGAUUGGAACUGAGAGAAAGAACUGUUAGCAGGGGGAGAAAGACUGCGACAGUCACAGACAAUGAGAGGAGUCUAGGAAGAUAGGGAGAAAGAAGAAAAGGAAGGAAGGAGAGAGGAAGGAGAGAAGGGGAGUUACAAAAAGAGAUCAAAAGAAAAGAAAAGGACACAGAGAGAGGCUCAGGGAAGACCUCAACAAUCCAAGCUGCCAGUAAUGGGCGCUAAGAGAGUCACUGUCAGAGGUGCCCGGACAAGCCCAAUACACAGAACGUCCAGUUUGACUCCCCUGCUGCUCAUGGGAAUGCUGACCUCAGGCCUGGCCGAGUCGCCAGUCCCCACCUCAGCACCUCAAGGCUUCUGGGCUCUGUCUGAAAACCUGACUGCGGUGGAAGGGACAACAGUUAAGCUAUGGUGCGGUGUCAGGGCCCCUGGCAGUGUGGUGCAGUGGGCUAAGGAUGGGCUGCUUCUGGGUCCAAACCCGAAGAUGCCAGGCUUCCCGAGGUACAGCCUGGAAGGAGAUCGUGCUAAAGGCGAGUUCCACCUGCUUAUUGAAGCCUGUGACCUCAGUGAUGACGCAGAGUAUGAAUGCCAAGUCGGCCGCUCAGAGUUGGGUCCCGAGCUUGUGUCUCCUAAAGUAAUCCUCUCCAUUCUAGUUUCCCCCAAGGUGCUUCUGUUGACCCCCGAGGCAGGAAGCACAGUGACCUGGGUAGCUGGGCAGGAGUAUGUGGUCACCUGUGUGUCUGGAGAUGCAAAACCAGCACCUGACAUCACCUUCAUCCAGAGUGGACGAACUAUAUUGGACGUCUCCUCCAAUGUGAAUGAGGGAUCAGAGGAGAAACUCUGCAUCACAGAGGCCGAAGCCAGGGUGAUACCCCAGAGCUCGGAUAACGGGCAGUUACUGGUCUGUGAGGGUUCCAACCCAGCUUUGGACACUCCCAUAAAGGCUUCAUUCACCAUGAAUAUUCUGUUUCCCCCAGGACCUCCUGUCAUUGAUUGGCCAGGCCUGAAUGAGGGGCAUGUGAGGGCAGGGGAGAACCUGGAGCUGCCCUGCACAGCCAGAGGUGGCAAUCCACCUGCUACCCUGCAGUGGCUGAAGAACGGUAAACCAGUGUCCACAGCCUGGGGCACCGAGCAUGCCCAGGCAGUGGCCCACAGCGUGCUGGUGAUGACUGUACGACCUGAAGACCAUGGAGCUCGGCUCAGCUGUCAGUCCUACAACAGCGUGUCUGCAGGGACCCAGGAGAGAAGCAUCACACUACAGGUCACCUUUCCCCCAAGCGCCAUUACCAUCCUGGGAUCUGUAUCACAAUCGGAGAACAAGAACGUGACCCUUUGCUGCCUGACCAAGUCCAGUCGCCCACGGGUCCUGCUGCGAUGGUGGUUGGGUGGACGGCAGCUGCUGCCCACAGAUGAGACAGUCAUGGAUGGCCUGCAUGGUGGCCACAUCUCCAUGUCCAAUCUCACAUUCUUGGUGCGGAGAGAAGACAAUGGCCUGCCCCUCACCUGUGAAGCCUUCAGUGACGCCUUCAGCAAGGAGACCUUCAAGAAGUCACUCACCUUGAAUGUGAAAUACCCUGCCCAGAAGCUGUGGAUUGAGGGGCCCCCAGAGGGACAGUACAUCCGGACUGGGACUCGGGUGAGGCUGGUAUGCUUGGCCAUCGGAGGCAACCCAGACCCCUCCCUCAUCUGGUUUAAGGAUUCACGUCCGGUGAGCGAGCCCCGGCAGCCCCAGGAGCCCCGGCGUGUGCAGCUGGGCAGUGUGGAGAAGUCCGGGAGCACUUUCUCCCGCGAGCUGGUGUUGAUCAUAGGUCCGCCGGACAACCGAGCCAAGUUCUCCUGCAAGGCGGGUCAGCUCAGUGCGUCUACGCAGCUGGUGGUGCAGUUCCCCCCAACCAACCUGACCAUCCUGGCCAACUCGUCCGCGCUGCGCCCAGGCGACGCCUUGAACUUGACCUGCGUCAGCAUCAGCAGCAACCCCCCAGUCAACUUGUCUUGGGACAAGGAAGGAGAGAGGCUGGAAGAUGUGGCUGCAAAACCCCAGAGUGCACCGUUCAAAGGCUCCGCUGCAUCCAGGAGUGUUUUUCUCAGAGUGUCAUCCCGAGACCACGGUCAACGGGUCACCUGCCGGGCCCACAGCGAGGCACUCCGUGAAACCGUGAGCUCCUUCUACCGCUUCAAUGUGCUGUAUCCUCCAGAAUUCCUGGGGGAGCAAGUCCGGGCAGUGACCGUGGUGGAGCAGGGCCAGGUGCUGCUGCCGGUGUCGGUGUCCGCUAACCCCGCCCCCGAGGCCUUCAACUGGACCUUCCGAGGCUACCGCCUCAGCCCAGCUGGGGGUCCCCGGCACCGUAUCCUGUCUGGAGGGGCUCUGCAGCUGUGGAAUGUGACCCGAGCUGACGAUGGCUUUUAUCAGCUGCACUGCCAGAACUCAGAGGGCACCGCUGAGGCGCUGUUGAAGCUGGACGUGCAUUAUGCUCCCACCAUCCGUGCCCUCCGGGACCCUACUGAGGUGAAUGUUGGGGGUUCUGUGGACAUAGUCUGCACCGUUGACGCCAAUCCCAUCCUCCCAGAGAUGUUCAGCUGGGAGAGACUGGGAGAAGAAGAGGAGGAUCUGAACCUGGACGACAUGGAGAAAGUUUCCAAGGGAUCCACGGGGCGUCUGCGGAUUCGCCAAGCCAAGCUAUCCCAGGCUGGUGCCUACCAGUGCAUCGUGGACAAUGGGGUGGCUCCUGCAGCCAGAGGACUGGUUCGUCUUGUCGUCCGAUUUGCUCCCCAGGUGGAUCAGCCUACUCCCCUAACAAAAGUGGCUGCCGCUGGGGACAGCACCAGCUCAGCCACACUGCACUGCCGUGCCCGGGGUGUCCCCAACAUCGACUUCACUUGGACCAAAAACGGGGUCCCUCUGGAUCUCCAAGACCCCAGGUACACAGAGCACAGGUACCACCAGGGUGUUGUCCACAGCAGCCUCUUGACCAUCGCUAAUGUGUCUGCGGCCCAGGACUAUGCCCUCUUCAAAUGCACGGCCACCAAUGCCCUUGGCUCUGACCACACCAACAUCCAGCUCGUCAGCAUCAGCCGCCCUGACCCUCCACUGGGACUGAAGGUUGUCAGCAUAAGCCCUCACUCGGUGGGGCUGGAGUGGAAGCCUGGCUUUGAUGGGGGUCUGCCUCAGAGGUUCCAAAUCAGGUACGAGGCCCUCGAGACCCCAGGAUUCCUCCACGUGGAUGUCCUACCUACACAGGCCACUACCUUCACGCUGACUGGGCUGAAGCCUUCUACACGAUAUAGGAUCUGGCUGUUGGCCAGCAAUGCCCUGGGGGACAGUGGAUUGACGGACAAGGGGAUCCAGGUCUCCGUCACUACCCCAGGCCCCGACCAGGCUCCUGAAGACACAGACCACCAGCUGCCCACAGAGCUGCCUCCAGGACCCCCAAGGCUGCCCCUGCUGCCUGUGCUCUUUGCAGUUGGUGGUCUUCUGCUGCUCUCCAAUGCCUCCUGUGUUGGGGGUCUCCUCUGGCGGAGAAGACUGAGGCGCCUUGCUGAGGAGAUCUCAGAGAAGACAGAGGCAGGGUCGGAGGACAGGAUCAGGAAUGAAUAUGAGGAGAGUCAGUGGACUGGGGACCGGGACACGAGAAGCUCCACGGUUAGCACAGCAGAAGUGGACCCAAAUUACUACUCCAUGAGGGACUUCAGCCCCCAGCUUCCCCCAACACUGGAGGAGGUGCUGUAUCACCAAGGUGCUGAAGGCGAGGACAUGGCCUUCCCCGGACACCUGCAUGAUGAAGUGGAGAGAGCCUAUGGCCCGCCUGGGGCCUGGGGACCCCUCUAUGAUGAAGUACGAAUGGACCCCUAUGACCUUCGCUGGCCUGAGGUCCAGUGUGAGGAUCCGAGGGGAAUCUACGACCAGGUGGCAGCAGACAUGGAUGCUGUGGAAGCUAGCUCUCUGCCGUUUGAGCUGAGGGGACAUCUGGUGUGAGACGCUUCACAACACCCGUUUCCUACAGCCCUGGAGAAGAUGUGAGGGGAUGUGUUCAAGUGACAAGAGGACUCAGGCUGACAUCUGGGAUGACCAAGACUCCUUUAAUUGGAAUGGGCUUCUCUGAAGAGACAAAGUCAUUUGGAAACGACAUUUGGACAAUGGAAAUCCACUUUAGGGGGUCAUUAUACUUUUCAGAAGUAAAAUUUUUAGAUGUAGGAAAGACUCAUUAAAAAUCCUGUUCCAAGCCUGGGGAUGAGCCCAGUGGGAGUCCUGCCAUUACACACACACACACACACACACACACACACACACACACACACACACACAGAGCUGUACAUGCUGGCCCAUCACUGUCAUUCCAGCUCUGCAGGAAGCUGAGAGAGGAGAAGCACAAGAACAAAGUCACUGAAUAUUUAGAGGCUGGAAAGAUGGCUCAGAAGUUGAAGCUCUAACAGCAGUCACUGCUCUUGCAGAGGACCCGAGUUUGGUUCUCAGCACCCAAAUCAGGUAACCGACAAUGACAUCUGCAUCCCCAGGGAAUCUGAUGCUUCUUUCUUCUGAUCUCCAUGGGCAGAUGCACUUAUGUGCACAUACCCACACAUAGAAACACACAUAUACGCACAAUUAAAAAUAAAAUAAAUCCAACUGUAUGGUGACCCACACCUUUAAUCCUAGCACUUGAGAAGUAGAAGCAGGGGGAUUUCUAUAAGUUUGAGGCUUAUAACUUAGUGAGUUCUGAGAUCCAUAGUGAAACCCUGACUCAAAACAAAUAAUAAUUUUUAAAACGUCAGAAUUAAAAGGGGCGUGGCUCAGUGGUAAAGCCCCUGUCUAGAAUCCCCCAGUGAGGGACUGGGGGCGUGGCUCAGUGGUAGAGCCCCUGCCUAGAAUCCCCCAAUGAGGGAUUGGGGGCGUGGCUCAGUGGUAGAGCCCCUGCCUAGAAUCCCCCAGUGAGGGGCUGGGGGCGUGGCUCAGUGGUAAAGCUCUUGCCUGGCAUGCACAAGAAUCUGAAUUCUAUCCCUAGUAUCCAAAAGAACAAGACAAAGGCUCCAGUUUAUUUUAAGAUCAGUUACAUCUGAAAUAGUUAAUAUUAUUAAGCAAAAUUAUAGACCAUGUCAGAUCUUAGCUGUUUUUUGUUUUAUCUUCCACAGUUUGUGAAACAUAUAUGCACUGACACGCAAACAGGAACAGAUUGUAGCAAAGGGAUGAAGUUAUGAGAGAAUGAACACUUGCCAUUUUAUUUAUGGGCGUAGCUUAGGGACCAUGCACUGGUGUAUACUUAGAAUUAAAGGGUAUGGUAGCUUUAAUUCAUUUUCAAAAUUUAAAAAAAUGCACAUUUAUAGAGACAGAAAAGGGUAAGCUCAGACUCAAAUGUUGACACUGGAUGUGGUUAGCGCAGAAUGAAAAUUAAAAUUGAAGAGUUGAUGUAAUAAUAAAUGAUGACGUCACAGAAGCAAGAACGUGAUUGGCGGCUAGGACUUAGGGGCUGUGGAAUUCUAGAUGUCACACUUUGGAAAAUAAUCUACAUCACACUUAUUUGCGCGUGUGUGCGUGUGUGUGUGUCCACACGCAUGUGCGAUGUGUGCAUGCUUAUGCGCCUGACAGUGUACGCCACACAAAAUAAAUAAAAUGUAAACAUUA